AUGCAUCCGGUUAAAGGAAUCGAUCACCGCUCGUUGCGGCGUAAAAUCAUGGAGGAAAUGUGGGACAAUACGGAUUCAAUGAAAUCGGUGGAGCAGGGAACGUCUUGGUUAGUCCAACUGAAAGAGGACAUCAGAAGGAUGCUGGAGGAUGUUAGUGGUGCACCCGUGAGUCCCAGCAAAGCCGAUGAAGAUGAUGAUCCUGUAGAUUGCGAUGAAGAAUGGAAUGGAGAGGGAGGGGCUGGGUUACCUAGCAACAGGUUGGAGGUGGAGCCCAUGAGUCCCAGCCAAUCUGAUGAUGAUAAUGACGCUGCAGACUGUGACGCAGGGGACACGGAUUGGUUGCCUAGCAAUGGGCUGGAGGCAGAGUCCACGAGUCCCAGCCAGUCCGGUGAUUGUGAUGCUGCAGACUGCGAUGAAGAAUUGGACAGGGAGGUCAGGGAUGGGCUGGAGGUGGAGUUAUCUCCAGAGAAGCAUACACCAGAGCAGAAGGACAAGCGUCGCCCACCGAAGACCCUGUGUCGUGCCUCUCCCAGUACCGCCUUAAUCUGGGGUCUGAAGAGGGUGUCUGUGCAGCUGAUGGACUGCAGGAAAACACCAGGGCAGAAAACCUCCAAGAAAACCCACUCCUGUCCUCAGUGUGGGAAGAGUUUUGCCACAAAAGACAUUCUGGAGCGACAUCUGCUAACUCACACUGGAGAGAAACAGAAAAAUAUAUGCGCUGAAUGUGGAAAAGUAUUCAGUACAUUUUCCAGCCUUACCAGGCAUCUGAAAACACAUACUGGAGAGAAAUGUCAUGUUUCUGAAACCACAUGCUCUGAAUGCGGAAAGACAUUCAGUACACAUUCCAGUCUUAGGAGACAUCUGCUAACUCACACUGGAGAGAAACCGUACGUUUGCCCUCGUUGUAAGAAAGGUUUCAAUGAUCCAGGAAACUUGAAGAAACACCUUAGGAGAGCUCACCCAGGAGAGAAGUUGGGUGUGGAGAGGCUCUACCGUGAACCGUGUCCUCACUGUGGGGAGAAGUUUCCCACAAAGAAGGCUUUGGAAGAGCACCUGGUAACCCACACAGGAGAGAAACCUCACCAGUGCUCUGACUGCGGGAAGGGUUUCAAGGAAUUGUCUAGUCUUAAGAGGCAUCUGAGAACUCAUACUGGGGAGAAACCAUACAUUUGCCCUCGUUGUGGCAAGCCUUUUAAUGAUCCAGGAAACUUGAAGAAACACAUAAAAAGAACUCACUCCAGAGAACAUUCCAAAGAGAAACCUUCCGAAAACAAUGUUGGUUCUUCAGAACAGGAGGAGACCGUAAAGAAGCCAGUCCUUCAUCCAUGUUCUCACUGUGGGAAGAAGUUGUCAACCAAGACAAGACUAAACAUUCACCUGAAGACCCACACUGUAGAGAAACCUCACGUCUGCCCCGACUGCGGGAAGAGCUUUGCUUUCCGUCCCUCCUUGACCAAACAUCAGAAACUUAGUCAUUCAGAGCACGGAGGAGUGAAACGGCACGAAUGUUCAGUCUGUGGGAAAGUCUUUAAUCAACCAGGAGCCUUGAGGUCCCAUCAAAGAACCCACACUGGAGAGAAACCUCACCUCUGUGCUGACUGUGGGAAGAGUUUCUCUUUCAGUCAUCUCUGA